CAUCGGUCGGCGGCCGCGCUGGAGCCUGCCUCACAGAUACCGGGUCUUCCCUGUUCGUGGGGUUUUUUUCCACUUCAGUGGGGUCUCUUCUCCCGCUUUCUGGCAGUAAAAGAGUUUCUGCUUUAUGCGCUUACAGGAGCUGCUAUUUUCGCUCGUAUAAAUUCACUCAUCACCAUUUCUUUAGAUAGUGGCUACAGCUAACCCCCGUCCCUUCCAGUACUUGUAGCCUGGGCACGUUGGGUUAGCGUUACCGCUCUGCUUAGGUCCCCCCGCCUUUGACUUCUCUGCUGGAUUCUGACUCCACCAUUGAUUUCUUGUCGAAGACUGUUUGAAGAACAGAUUGUGACGGAUAGUGGGUUAGCAACCAGGACCUUAAGGGAUCUUGCUCUGGUGGGGAAACACUUAACGGUCCCUCUGUGCAGACGGGAGUGGACAGACUCAGCCCAUGAACUGAGCAUACCUGAAAACUAUAGAAGUGUGGCUAUAUGUGGCUGUGCCCAACAUGAUGCACCCUGCUUCUCAGCAUGUUUGCUCGAGUGUGACGACAUGCUAAUGUGGUGAUCCAGUUUACAGAUUGGAGAUAACGUGUAUCCAACAAACUUGGUAUGAAGGCCGAGUGAGCUUGGAUCUGUCCGCACCAGUCUGCAUAGCCCAUCCCUUAGUCUGGUGAAAGAUCUUCUUUGAGUACGAGGGCUGUGUUAGACGAGAUACGGAAUACUGUGUACUUCCUUUUGGGAUACUUGGGCCUGAUGUUCCAGUUUAUUUAUUCACAUGUAGAAAGCCAACCAUGAUUUUAUACUUGUGAAAACAUAAUGAGCAGUUGCUUAUCACUACUAAGGGAGAAAUGCCAUAUGUUAAAUCAGAGGGAUAGGUUCAAGUUAAUACGGUGAUGGGUUAACAGCAUGGUGUUGCUAAAGGAAACUUGGAAUAAUUUCUAGUUUUCUGUCAAACAGGCUUCUUUGUGUGAGUUGAAGAGUGCUAGACUGACACCACAUAUGUGUGCAACCAGUAUUUGACUAUUUUUUGAAAGGUGGUUAACAACGUGUUUUACUAUUUUUAGCAUUAUUUUUAGGUAGUAAACCUGUGGAGCUUCUUCAGAUAUCACUAUUUUAUUAGUAUUGUGACAUGGAAGUGUUAAUGUUGUAAUUGGAAACAAAACCUUUUCAGGUAAAAGCCCUUCAUUUGGAAAAGUGAGGGGAAGCACUGAUGUUUUCCUCGUUCUAAGCUGUUAUUUAGUUGUCAACAGGUAUUUAGUUUGUCCUAGAAUGCUAUAAUCAGUUUGUAUCUGAACUUCUGUAGGAUUUUAAAAUGAAAAUUUUGCUUGUUAUUAUAAAUGACAUUGUUUAUCACUUCACAGGUAGGAUUUUCGUAAGUGACAUGUUUGGGCUGUGUGUGGUGUGCACGUAUGCAUGCACAGACAUUGACAUGCUUACUAGUGAUGUCUUGGACUUCUUGAAGAGAUUUUAUCUCCUUAUAAUUUUUUUUUGAACUUUGCUGUUGUUCUGUUACAUCUCAGUUUCUAGUUUUCCUGUAGAAGCGGGAUUAAUUUUUGCAGAGGAUUGGAUUAGGUUUUUCUAACAGAAAAGUGAGUGUUUCAGAUGUCUUUCUUUUGAUUGUGGCUCAUGUAAUAUCAUACUUCUAUUGAAGAAAAACAUAAAGCAUGCUUGACACCAAAAUGUAGGAGUACUGAUGAUAAUAGACAGAAUUUCCCUGAAUACUGUGUCAAUCACACCAUGCUUUAUUGAUUUCAGUUACUUGGUUAUUGCCCACUAGGUAUACUCACUUCUCUCAAGUCUGUCUACAACAUUUCACAUUUAUUCCUGAAGUAACACUGAGAUAUGUUUUACUUCAAAUGGUAGUAUGAUUAAUGUCAUUAACAGAUUGUGUCUCACCCUGGAAAAGUUACUCCAUUUGAAGAAUAACAUAGAUGCAGCUGUGAGUAAGUUAUUGUAGUGUCAAAAUAUUUCUCAUUUAUUAUUAAAGAUUCCUGUGGAUCUUAUGUAUGUUUGGAAAAGUGAUACUUUACAGUUAGAACCUUAGCUAUAGAAUUUAUUUUAGGAGUAUAAAGAUAAUUUCACUUAGUGAUAGUAAGCUGUUUCAGAAGUUGCAGAGGCUUCAGUGCCCCUAAGUGGAUUUAGCUGUGCAAUGUCACGUACCUGAAAUCGAGAAGUACAUAAUUUUCUACUUGGAAAUUAAAAAAAAAAAUCCUGGUAGUAAUUAUUUGAAAUAUUGAAACAUGAAUGCUGAAGGCUCAGUCCACGCUGAUUCUCAGUGCUGUCUAACCCACGUGAGUGUUUGAUAAGGAGCUGGUCCUUCAGAGACACAGGCAUGUGAUGGAAAGGAAAAUCAUUGCACUGGCCAUCAGCGUGGCAUUGAUAGCAGGACAGUGAUCAUCAAGGGUAAAGCAAUACAAGAUGAAAAUGUGGGAGAAUUGAGCAAGUUAUGGGAAUUUUUAUGGGAUGUUCCAUUUAAAUUAUUCUUGAUUAUCCAUUAGUGUGCAGUCUGAAAAAUUUGGAAAUGAAACACUUAAAUUAUUUCCCCUCACAGUACUUGUUUAUAAGCAAGGAAGCUUGUCAGUAACACAAAACUGCCAUUAUGCAUCUGAGAUUUCAACUGCAAUAUUGUUUUAAUAGUCUCUUUAUUUCUCCAACUGCUUGGUCUUAGAAGAAUGAAAAUGGGACUGACUGCAUUUUCAUAUACAGUCUCUCAAAUGUUUGACAUAGUGAAAAUUCAUCAGUUUGCCUCUGAAUAAUGUGUCUGGACUCUAAUCCUGUGGCCUCUGUAAUGGCUACGUUCACUUAAGAGUGAAAUCUCACGCAGUUCUGGUUGCAGGAGUGAGACCUUUGUGUGAUAAUGUAUGCAUACAGAAAGUAAUACGCUGUGCAGUCACAGCAUAUUGGUUUUGUUUGUAAGAGAUAUUUGAUGAGAAAUUAUUCUAAGCAUUAAUAAAGUACCCGUUCUUAAUUGCAAACUGGUGGUUAUGGGCCAGAAUGUAAGGGCAGAAUUGACAGAAUGCUACCUGAAAUAGUACGUUUUUUCGUUUCACAUUCCAGGUGUUUAUUUUAUUUUAAAUAGGAAAUCUUACAACCUUUAGAAUAUUCAGGGUUGGAUGGUGUUCUCUUAAUUUCCUUGUAGGAAAUUAUUGGCCAAAAUAUAGGGAAGGAGGUAGUUGCAAUGAAAUGAUCUGUUCAGUUAUGAUGAUGUUACGCCCUUCAUCCUCUCCAUGUUUAUAACUACCCUUUUAAGCCUAAUCAUCAUCUUCAUACCUUCCUACAGAAGUUAAUUCCAAGAAGGUACUAUUUACUGGGUAAAAAGUAACAUUUAGAGAAAAGAUGUUUUGCCUCUGUUUCUUUGAAAAUAAAAGGACAUUCAAAUUAGGAGGCAAAUGUAAAUUUUUUCAUAUUUGUAUAGUGCUAUCAUGUCAGUGUGUACUGCACUUAUGUAUUAGAUGCACUCAUUUUAUCUGUCCUUUGUGUGUUGAACCCUCUCCCUAUGCCAUUGCCAGUGCCGUUCUUCUAACCCUUUUUAUUUCAGAUAUGACUCUUUUUACUGUAAAUAUUUAAAACAAAUUCAGUAGUUGGUCUAUGAUCGUCUUACUAAAAAAGCUUUUGCAUAUGUCAGUCGAUUUUUGUAUCCUCCAUUAAAGGGUGUAGCUGCAUGAAACCUUACAAAUUCAGUGGGGUUUUUUUGCUGAAAUACAGUGGGAAACAAUGCUGAAAUGGAAGGGUGCUCAACUAGGUGAGAUGCGGUAUUGUUUUGCUUUCUAACUUUAAUGGUUUAUCCUGUCAGACUUUAUAACUACUGCUGCACAUUGAGCUGUCCACAAUGACUCCUAAUUAUUUUUCUCAGAAGACUGGACUAAUUUGAACUCAUCGAGUAUUUAGAUACAAUCAUUUCUCCUUGUGUGCAUUACAUUAUAUUGAUUUGCAUUUCAUCUGCUGUUGUAUUACUCAAUUUUCUAACUCAGAUCUUUCUGGAAAUCUCUUCUCCACAGUUUUUACUAACCCAAUACUACUGGCAAAUUCUGCUGUUUCACUGUCUGCUUCCACUAACUGAUGUUAACCAUUGUUUUUAAUGUCUGGUGUACACCACAUGGUUAACUUCUGCCCUCUCUGAGCAUCUUGGUUAACGUCUUGGUUAUCUGAACCUUAUGUAGGAGAUAAAAUUCUUCAGAUAAUCAAAGGCUUGGAGAAGUAGUCCUAGAGCUGAGCUGAGAAAUCUCUCAAGUACAUACUGUAAGCUUUCUUUCUUGUGUUGUUUAUAAAGGAGCUGAAGUGCUUAGCAAGACCUUCGGCACAGAGUUUUGAGUAGAAAGUGCACAGGCAUCAGACUUCUGGGAAGGUCUUAUUGCAGUAACCAACAGGAUUCAGAUAAUGAAGUUUCACCAAGGUACAAGGGAGAAAACCAGGUCUUAUCGAAGUAUUAAGUGUAAAAUAUGUUACAGCAGUAUUGUGGUUUAUGUACAUUUGUCCAUGUUUAUACAUUACUACUUUUUUUGCUGUGGAAUGGAACCUUACAAUCUGAAUGCUGUGGGAGCAUAUGGCUGAUCAGAUCAGUGAAAAUUUAUACUAAUCCAAUCUGGUGCAUGUUAGGUUAAAUUUGUAAUAUUCUGACUAUACGGAUGAGCUUUUCGUCAUUUGUAACCUGUUUGUGUAUGAGAAAUUAGCUUAAGUGUGUGUGUUCUAAAUGCAUCGACACAUGGAUAGGAGCAGAAGAGACAGCAGAAGGGUGGGAGAUUAGUGUUUGGCUAAUCAUGUUAUAAUGAGUAAUGAGCUCUAGAAUGAUUGCACUUUGCAGUACAAUAAAGAGGUGGUUUUUCAGCGGUAUAUAAAUUGUCCAGCAACUGGCAGAUUUUCCCAAAUUGAUUUUAUUUCUGUGUGGAUCAGGUAGCAUUUAAAGAAUUGACAAUAGUUUUUUGAGCCCUUUUUGCUCUUUUUCUACAACCUGUCUCUAGUGCUAAAUAUGUAUCUUCCUUUUUUUUUAUAUGGUUUUAUUUCUGUAUUCAAUAACUACUUACUUUCUCAGGUAAGAUAAAUUGUGACUUACUUAUCAAACUUACGCUGUAUUUGCUUUAAAAUCUGUUUUUCUUAGUGAAAAGGAGUUACUUCUUGAGAAGCUUAAGAAGUGUAUCACUGUUGCGGGGUUUUCUGGUUUUUUUUUUCUAAACUCAGGUGGUUCCAAAUAGUUGUAGGAUACAAACCAGCAACAGACACAGACUGUGGAUGAUAUCAAUGUGGUUUUCAGUAGGUUGUCACACAUGACAAAGGAGGGGCGGGGGGACAGGACACCAAAAAACAAGGAGCUCUCAUUUUUGGAGAUUUGUUUCUGAAAAUGGGAGCCAUUUUUAGUGGUCAGAACCUAUUUCUGAGAGGUUGGUUAAAGGUUCUUUUCACUUGAAGUCACUUGAGUUCAUGCACAAAAAAUACAUGACGAAGGAAAGCAUCUGUUCUGUGUGGUGUUUGCUACCUAAAUGAAUAACAUGUCAUCUGAUCUUUCCCAAAGGGAAGCUGAAGAAUCCAAAGCAGGUCAUAAAAUAAAACAAAAAACUAUCAUUACUGGUGUUCAACUGACUAGUUCAAAUCAGAGGCAUUCCUUGUCAUUAGGUACAUUUCACUCAUUUAUGACUUCUUUUUCUUUCUUCAUCACCUCUGCAGCAACUUUUACAACGUAUAUCAUACUAUUUUAUUCAUGUGAGUUCAGUGUCAAUAGCCCCAAACUGAAGGAUUUUACAGUUUUGCUUUUUUUUUUGGUUGAAGUAGUACAAAAUGUCAAAAAUUAGAAGGAAGGUCACAGUGGAAAAUACCAAGACCAUAUCCGAUAGCACAUCCCGAAGACCCAGUGUGUUUGAAAGGCUUGGACCCAGCACUGGAAGUACUGCAGAGACACAGUGCCGUAACUGGCUGAAGACUGGCAACUGCCUCUAUGGGAACACAUGUAGAUUCGUACAUGGCCCUUCACCACGAGGUAAAGGCUAUAGCAGCAGUUAUAGAAGGUCACCAGAAAGACCUACUGGAGAUCUUCGGGAAAGAAUGAAGAACAAACGUCAAGACGUUGAGACAGAGCCACAGAAACGAAGCACAGAGGAAUCGUCCUCUCCUGUUAGGAAAGAGUCUUCACGAGGAAGACAUAGAGAGAAAGAGGAUAUCAAAAUUACAAAGGAGAGAACACCAGAAAGUGAAGAGGAAAAUGGGGAUUGGGAAACAAAUAGAGAAGACUCUGAUAAUGGAGAUGUUAAUUAUGAUUAUGAUCAUGAGCUGUCUUUGGAAAUGAAGCGCCAGAAGAUUCAGAGAGAACUCAUGAAGUUGGAACAGGAAAACAUGGAGAAACGAGAGGAAAUAGUCAUUAAAAAAGAGAUUUCUCCAGAGGUGGUUAGAUCUAAAUUAUCACCAUCACCAAGAAAGUCUAGCAAAUCUCCAAAACGAAGAUCCAGUCCCAAAUCAUCAUCUUCGGCUAGUAAGAAAGAGAAGAAAGCAUCUACUGUAUCUUCCCCACUUUUGGAUCAGCAGAGGAGUUCUAAAAGUAACCAGAGUAAAAAGAAAGGUCCUCGAACCCCUAGUCCUCCUCCUCCAGUACAAGAGGAAACUCCCCUGGGGAAAAAACACAAAGAAAAACAUAAAGCAAAAGAACGUUCAGAAGAAAAGGCAAGGGAGGUGAAAGAGAGAGGGCGUGACUUUGAAAGGCACAAAGAGAAGAAAGAGAAGCAGAGGGAUCCCUCUGAAAACUCCCAUAGACAGAAGCGUUCUCCUAGUCCUGCAGAUCAUUCUGGCAGUAAUUCUUCCCCUUCCAGGGAGUAUUCACCACCUGCUGCAAGGCGAAGACAAACCUCCCGAGCUCCAGCCAAGUCAACCACUCACAAACAUAACUUCUCGCCCUCUCGCAGGUCUGCUUCCCCAUCAGGUCAGCAUCAUUCUCCCAUAUCCUCCAGACAUCACUCCUCUUCAUCACAGUCAGGCUCCUCUAUUCAAAGACAUUCUCCUUCCCCACACCGCAAAAGAACUCCUUCUCCAUCCUAUCAAAGGACAGCUUCCCCGCCUGCAAGACGAUCAUCAUCUCCCUAUCCCCCACACUCUUCCUCUUCUCCUCAGAGGAAGCGAAGCCCUUCGAGACACCGAUCUCCUGGAAGAGAAAAGGGAAGACAUGAUCGUGAUCGGACUUCACAGUCUCAUGAUAGGCGCCACGAAAGACGGGAUGAAACUAGAGGGAAAAGGGAAAAAGAAAGAGAAACAAGAGAUGAUCGUGAUUAUGACCAGGAGCAGAGUACCUCCAGGGAUCAUAGAGAUGACAGAGAGUCUCGUGAUGGAAGGGAUCGGAGGGAGACAAGAGACAACAGAGAUCGGAGGGAGCCAAGGGAAUCCAGAGACACUCGAGACUCCAGAGAUACGAGGGACUAUAGCAGAGAUACCAAAGAUAGUCGUGAUCAGAGAGACUCACGCUCCACACGAGAUUCCCAUGACUACAGAGACAGAGAGAGUCGUGAUGCCCAUAAAAAGGAUGAUCAGUAUCAGGAGGACUCGCGCAGCUAUGGAAGAUCCCAUGGCAGAGAGGAGAGCUCUCGUGCUGAAACAAGGAAUGACUCCAGAAGUGACUCCAGAAAUGAGAGCAGAAGUGAUAGAACUGGCAGAAGCAGAGGCAGAGGUCCAGAAUUAUCUGACAAGGGAAGUCGGGGGACUAGAGGAUCCCAGGUUGAUAGUCACAGCAGUAGUGGAAACUACCAUGACAGCUGGGAAUCAAGGAGUAGCUACCCUGAUCGGGAUCGCUAUGACAGUCGAGAACAAGCAAGGGAUUCCUCCUUUGAAAGAAGACAUGGUGAACGGGACAGGCGUGACAACAGAGAAAGAGAUCAGAGAGCAAGCUCACCGGUACGACAUCAAGGACGAAGUGAUGACCUCGAGCGGGAUGAAAGAAGAGAAGAUCGAAGGGUAGACCGGUCUGAUGAUAGGAGAGAUGAAAGGGCCCGGGAGAGAGAGCGAGAAAGGGAGAGGGACCGGGAGAGGGAGAGGGAGAGAGACCGGGAAAGAGAAAGGGAGAAGGAAAGAGAGUUGGAACGAGAUCGUGCUCGGGAACGGGAGAGGGAGAGAGAGCGGGACAAAGACAGGGACCGCGAGCGUGAUCGAGACAGGGACCAUGACAGGGAAAGGGACCGAGAGAGGGAGAGGGAGAAGGAGCGAGAGCGGGAGGAACGCGAAAGGGAGCGAGAGCGUGAAAGAGAUCGAGAGCGGGAACGAGAAAGGGAGAGAGGUCGGGACAGGGAUAAAGAAAGAGACCGCCAGAGAGACUGGGAUGACAAAGAAAAAGGAAGGGAAGACCGCAGGGAUAAGAGAGAAGAUAUCAGAGAAGAAAGAAGUUCAAGAGAUGUCCAUGAGGAAAGAAAAUCCAAGAAGCGUCACAGAAAUGAAAGCAGUCCAAGUCCUCGUCAGUCACCCAAACGUCGCCGUGAGCACUCUCCUGACAGUGAUGCUUACAAUAGUGGAGAUGACAAAAAUGAAAAGCACAGACUUCUGAGCCAGGUUGUGCGGCCACAGGAAUCCCGGUCACUGAGCCCCUCUCAUGUUACAGAAGAGCGGCAGAGUCGCUGGAAAGAAGAAGAGCGAAAAUCGGACAGAAAGGAAAGCUCCCGGCGUUACGAAGAACCAGAGUUUAAAGAGAGGGUUUCUUCAGCAGAUAAGCAAAGAGAACAGCCAGAUGCUUCAGAAGGCUCCCGGUCCAGGGUUCAGGAAAACCUUGGACACCGUCCCUCUGAAGAAAGAGAUGCUUCUGACAGAAUGCAUGAUGACAGCAAGAAGAAGUCUAAAGUACAGAAAAAGGCCACAAAGAAGAAGAAAGAUGAUGACAGUGGGGUGGAAAGGUAUGCUAAUGAAUCAACGACUGAGGAAAGCCAGGUCUUUUCACCCAAGAAAGGUCAAAAAAAGAAAAAUGUUGAGAAAAAGCGGAAGAGAUCCAAAGGUGAUUCUGAAGUUUCUGAUGAAGAAAUUGUUCCACAUCAUAAAAAGAAGAAAGGCCCAAGAACCCCCCCUGUAACAAAAGAAGAGUUGAUUGAAGCACCACCUGAGAAAGCUGUGGCAGAAGUCCCCCAAAAAAGAGAUGAUACAACAUUUAGUGACUGGUCAGAUGAAGAUGUUCCUGAACGUGGUGACAUUGUUGUUCCUGAAAGAAGCACUGAGGAAUCCCAUAGAAAAAGUCACAGGACAAGGAGUGAAAAGAUAGAAGCCCCUCAUGUUACUAUAGAUGAUGGACCACACCGUAAACCUGUGGAUCAGAAGCGCAGCAGCAGCCUUGGUAGCAAUCGGAGCCAUGCCUCAAGCAGACUUAGAUCCCCUUCCAAUGAGUCAGCUCAUCGCAGUGGAGAUGACCAGACUGGACGGAAGAGGAUCCUGCACAGUAGCUCUAGAGACAGGGAUAGGGACAGGGAGAGAGAGAAGAAAAGCUUAGAAAUCACUGGGGAACGAAAGUCCAGAAUUGAUCAGUUGAAACGAGGGGAACCCAGUCGCAGCACAUCUUCAGAUCGUCAAGAUUCAAGAAGUCACAGUUCAAGAAGAAGUUCUCCUGAAUCGGAUCGUCAGGUCCAUUCCAGAUCUGGGUCCUUUGAUAGCAGGGAAAGGCUUCAGGAGCGAGAUCGACAUGAACAUGAUCGAGAACGAGAGAGAGACAGGAGAGAGGGAAGACAGAGAGACUGGGACCGAGAUGUUGACAAAGACUGGCCGAGGAGCAGGGAACGAGAGAGACUCCGAGAACGAGAGAGGGAGAGGGAGAAAAGACGAGAGCUGGAGAGAGAGCGAGAGAGACAGCUGCCUGAUACUGCUGAAAGAGAGAGAGACAGAACUCUUGACAUCUCCUCUCAAAAAGAAUCAACAAAACACAGUGAAACUAAGCUGGACAGAGAUCACGAAAAGGAAUUCGAUGGUGUUUGUCGGGAUUCGGUGGCUUCAGAGAAGGAAAGAACAGACAAAGAUUUAGGACCUUUACAAGGUUUCGAAGACGGAAAUGAGGCUGAAAAAGUAGAGAGUUUAGAAGGAGGAGAAGAUGAAGCAAAGAUUGACGAUGUGCAGUCACUGGGGUCUGGUGCUGGAGAAUAUGAACCAAUCAGUGAUGAUGAACUGGAUGAAAUUCUGGCAGGUGAUGCUGAAAAGCGGGAGGAACAACAAGAGGAUGAGAAGAUGCCUGGUAAAAAUCCUGUGGAUGUUAUAGAUGUAGAUUGGUCCAGUCUUAUGCCAAAGCAGCCAAAAGAACCACGUGAGCCUGGCGCUGCGCUGUUAAAGUUCACACCAGGUGCUGUUAUGCUGAGAGUUGGCAUUUCCAAGCGAUUGGCAGGACCAGAACUCUUCACCAAAAUUAAAGAGACUUGCCAGAGAGUGUUAGAAAAACCGAAAGAUGCAGAAAACCUUUUUGAACAUGAACUGGGGGCCUUGAAUAUGGCUGCACUUCUACGCAAAGAAGAGAGAGCAAGUCUUCUCAGUAAUCUGGGCCCUUGCUGUAAAGCACUGUGCUUUCGAAGGGAUUCAGCAAUUCGUAAGCAGUUAAUGAAGAACGAAAAGGGUGCAACAAAACAAACUUACACAAAUUCUGCAGCAAUGGACAGCGACUUGUUACGGUUGAGUCUACGGUUAUUCAAACGAAAGACUGUGUGCCAAGUUCCUGGACAGGAAAAGACGGAGGAUAGUAAAAUGCCACAACCAGCUAUCCAGCAAGAAGUGUGUGUGUCUUGAGCCGAGUGACCGCGGUGGCACUUUGUAGUUGGUUUCUCACUACCAGUGUUGUUAUUGAUGUUUAGAACUGGUUGGUUGGAAAGCAGAAGAUGGAAGAAAAUACUCCAUUUGUACACAGAUAAGAAUUAUUGGGUUUGGAUGUGAAUAAAAGGGGUAAAAAAACAAAGACUUCCGUGUGAAGUUCUCUGCAAGUUUUAUAAUAAUGAAUCUUACACUGUAACAUAAACCUGUUUUAUGGUGCAUCAAGUGUAAUAAUGUGAAAAUGUCUGGUUUUAGCAGUUUGUAACACCACCUGAUAUUAAA